UUUAAAAAUUCUAAAUUUGUAAAUUUCUAAACUUCCUAAAAUUUUGUUCAUCGUGUAUUAAACUGACAUAGUAGAGGUGGUAGAGGAGAGUUAUGAAAAAGCGAGGCUAAGUGGUGAGGCAAUUUUUUAUGCUCAUUUGAACCGCGUGAAAUGUUAAUAUUCUUCCGUCAUUUGGUUUUAGAAUUUGUUAGAAUGUAAUUCAAACCCAUAAUACUUAAAAUACGCGGGAAAUACAUACUAUUUGGACGAUUAACACAAAUAGUGGUGCAUUAAUUGUGCGGCUUGAAAGAUCUACAUUAUCAAAAACAUUUGUGUAAUUAUCAUGAAGAAAAGGAAAACAAGACGUCAGCUUCUAUCGGAAAAGGAAGCUAUUGCUAAACAGUUGGUUGAUAAAGCAAAUUCAGUGAUAAAUCCUUUAGAGCCAUUAAAUGAUUUUCAUAAGUAUACAACUAAAGACAAUCAAAUUAUAGAACUUUCUUGUAUGAGAGCUAAGGAUGCACUGCCAGAAUGCAGAUUUUGGAUAUUUGAUAUUAUGGAACGUAACAUGAAAUCUCUAUAUGAGCAAUGUGAUUGGGGUUGGGAUCCAGUUGUUAAACAAAAAGAAUUAACAGAACCAGCAGCUUGGUAUUUAAUUGCAUCCUCAAAUGAUGUGUAUCUUGGAUUUUCUCAUUUUCGAUUUGAUAUAGAUAACAGAGAAGAAGUAUUAUAUUGCUAUGAAAUACAGUUGGAAACCAUAAUACGAAGAAAAGGGCUUGGUCAUUUCAUGAUGUCAGCUCUUGAGUCUAUGGCAUUGAAAAACAAAAUGCGUAAAGUAGUUUUAACUGUAUUUAAACAUAAUCCAUCAGCUGUACAGUUUUUUUAUGCUCUUGGUUACAAAUUGGAUAAGACCAGUCUACCGGUAUCCGACGAAGUGCAUUAUAUUAUUUUAAGUAAAUUUGUAAAAUAAAGUCAAUGGAUUAAUCUAAGACUGUGUUUUGUGGAACAAAACUGAUAAUAUUUGGUGUGGACAUAAAUUGACAAUAGGAGAUUUCAAAGAUGGUCCCACAUUAUGAAAUCACAUAUUAAUAGCUGCUUGAUGCAAUACCAUUCCAAUACCCUUACCAGCUCCUUCAGGAAUGGGGAAUACUCUAAAGCUAACAAUAUUUAAACCUAUAGGAAAAUCA